GAGAGAGAGAGAAAAAAAAUCUCCAUCUUCUUCCUUUGGAUUCUUCACAAAAAACAAUGGCGUCAACUUCAGAAGGAAUUCAAGAAGAAGAAAUAUCAAGAGCCGAGAAAGGCAUCGACUGCCAAGGCGGCAUCAAGAGAGUCCUUUGCACUUCUUCCUCCGUCGUUACUCUCUCCCAAAAGUUGAUAGCAGAGGUGAUUGGCACGUACUUCAUAAUAUUUGCGGGGUGUGGAUCGGUGGCCGUGAACGUGAUAUACGGGAAAGUGACAUUUCCGGGGAUAUGUGUGACGUGGGGCCUCAUCGUCAUGGUCAUGAUCUAUUCCACCGGUCAUAUUUCCGGUGCCCAUUUUAAUCCCGCUGUUACCAUCACUUUCACCAUCUUCCGGAGAUUCCCACUUUCACAGGUGCCAUUGUACAUAGGAGCACAAUUGGUGGGAUCGUUAUUAGCGAGCGGGACACUAAGGUUGAUGUUCAAAAUAACGCCAGAGGCAUUCUUUGGGACGACCCCUACUGGUUCCUCCCUUCAGUCCUUCGUCGCCGAGAUCAUCAUCUCUUUUCUCCUCAUGUUCGUUAUCUCCGGCGUCGCCACCGAUAAUCGCGCCAUUGGAGAAUUAGCAGGAAUCGCCGUGGGAAUGACCAUAAUGUUGAACGUCUUUGUCGCCGGACCGGUGUCCGGGGCGUCGAUGAAUCCGGCGAGGAGUCUAGGGCCGGCGAUAGUGAUGGGAGUGUACAAAGGGAUAUGGGUAUACAUCGCAGGGCCUCUGGUCGGAACCAUCUCCGGGGGAUUCGUCUACAACCUGAUUAGGUUUACGGACAAGCCACUCCGAGAGCUCACCAAGAGCGGCUCUUUCCUCAAAAGUAUCUCUAGGGCUCGCGGUGGCAACGAAGGCAAUUGAAUAUACUUUUACUAACAUAUAUAUAUAUGAUCACAUCGUCUUUUUUUUAAAAUUCAUGGUACAUUUGAUUUGAUUCUUUUGUGUUGAUUGCUAAUGUUAGUUUUCAAGUGGUUAGAGUUUUCUAUAAUUGGAUGCAAGUUUACGUUUCACAUGUAGUUUUUGUUUACUAUUAUGAAAUCAUAUAAAGA